AUGGCGCACCAUUUAGGAGAGGCAUUUCCACCUUCUCGGGAGUCGACACCACCUCUGUUUCCACGUACAGGAAGAUUCGCUCAUCCUAAACGAAAGCAAAGCAGCGGCGAUUUACAAAGCCGGCUCAAAACCAGGAAAUUGCUAGGAGUGGGGGAAAGUGAAGACGGAUCAGUUCCUCUGUCAAAGAUUCAUCAGAUACUUGGUGGAGAUGAUCAUUGCAUGUUAGUGGUGCCAAUCGGAUUAAGGAUAUGGCAGUUAUCUGUAGCUGGUAUGUUCGCCACAGUGUCCUUAUUGACAUUGAUGUUUCCUGGUUUUAUGUUUGACCUUCCUGUUGAAUGUGACAACAGAUAUGCUUACGUCCUUCCUGCCAGGCUUUAUGGAGCAGCGUUACUAGGUUUUGCAAUUAUGACAUGGAGCGUCGUUCAUUCGGUAACAAAGCAGGUGAUUCGUAUGAGUCUAAUGGCAGACAUUAUAUACUUUACAAUUCAGAUUUUAGUAACUAGUUAUACAAUUUGGCAAGGAGACGGAUUUACACUAUGGAGCAAAUUAGUCAUGUUUGUUCGAAUCGUCAGUCUUGUCAUAACGCUUUUCUACUACAUCUGCCUAACCGGAGUCAGAGGAUUGAGACGAGUCAGGUCAGCAAGCGAUUUGGAUAAAAAACUCGAAUAGCAGCAUUGUGAGAAUUACCUAUGUUCGCAGGCACUUCCACCUUUUUUGAGAAAAAAAAUAUGAGAAUUGUGUUUUCAAAAUUGUGUACCAAGUUUUGUAAUCUACCUUCGUCGAUGUGUCUGGGUUUUGUAUUCAUUCAUAUUCGUCACGUGACACUACUUGGCGCCGACAUCGCGUGUUACCGCGGUGAACAAAACGGAUCGAAGCAUAUCUGACCAAUGUAACCUUUAAUGUAUAUUUCAUGUAAUGCACCUCGUCUGGAGCAGAUGAUAAGCGUACUUGUUUGUGCGUGCGUUUGACUCUCGCGAUUGUUCGCUGUCGCUGAUGGAAAGACGGGUAUUAUUGGAAAAAUGCUUUUCAAACAAUGACCAUAUAGUUUAUACAAGAUGUUUGGUAUUUAAACACGGCUGAGAUGCAGUAUAUAUUUUUCACGUAAUAUAGUAGGGUAAGGUAUAUGAAACAGUUAGUAUCUACUCGUGAAUAGUCCAGUAAUUAUUUUUUCAAUUCAUAUUCUGUAAAAUGUAGUUAUGGCCAAUAAUCCAGAUAUGUCUUUAUUUCCGGGGAUAUCUAUCAAACCCUUUUGGUGAUUGAAAGUAAAAUUGGAUGGGAAUCUUAUUUUGUUUUGCUAUGUUAUUUAAAUCUAGAUAUAAAACACUUUCCUUCCCUCCCUGUCAUGUUAACGUUUUUUAUGCGUUUUCACUUUGACACGUGCACCCUUCCUCUGUGAUAUUGGGUGCAAUUGUAAUAGAAUGUUCAAUAACGCUCACUGUAAAUGUUAAUAAUGUAUGCGAGAAAUAAACGGAUGUUUU